AUGGACCUCGCGGCCCGGCUGGGCCGACCGCCGACGGACGGGGAGGCGGCCGCCUACCGCGCGACGCGCGCCGCGCGCAAGUCGAACGGCGAGCCGCGCGCGAAACGGCGGCGGCCGGCGCCCGCGCCCGCGCCCGAGCCGGCGCCCGCGCCCGCGCCCGCGCCUGAGCCGGCGCCGCCGCCCGCGGCCGCGCCGCCGCCGCCGCCCCCCGCGGCCGACGCCGACCGGGGCCCGACCGCGGCCGCGCCGCCGCCGCCGCCGCCGCCCCGACCAACAGAAGCCGGCCCGACGACGCUCGUCCUCUUCUACGCCUACCGGCCGACAAAAGCGUCGGACCGCGAGACGACGAAAGCGGUAGCCGCCUGCCACGCCGCGAUGCAGAAGCACGGCGUGACGGGGCGCCUCCGCGUCGCGCGAGAGGGCUACAACGCGACGCUGACGUCCACGUAUGAAGGUUCUAGAGCUUUUUGCGAAGACCUCUCCAGAAUUGAUGCUGAGACUUUUGACGGUUCUGUCGAUUUUAAAUUUGUGGACCACUUGCCACAGAGUCACCUCAUGAAGGGUGCCAAAUGUUGGAAAGUCGAGGAGAUCGUGACCUACGGCAUUACGGAGAAGGAUGCCCCUUUACACAAGGGCGCGAACCACUUAUCGCCCUCGGAGUUCCACGAGGCGCUCGAGGACCCGAGUGCCGUGGUUAUUGACGUGCGCAACGCCAAUGAAACGCUGAUCGGGCGCUUCGCUCCCCCGGGAGGCGCAGAAUAUAUAGAUCCCCAGAUGCGCCGGUCGACGGAAUUUCCGGAGUGGGUUAGGCGAAACAAGGCUAAGCUAGAGGGCAAGAAGGUGCUCAUGUACUGUACCGGAGGGGUUCGUUGUGAAAGGGCGUCGGCCUUCCUCGCCAGGGAAGGCAUCCGGCCGCACGGCCAGCUCGAGGGCGGCAUCCACCGCUACCUGGAGCAGUAUCCGGACGAAGGAGGGCACUGGGUCGGCAAGAAUUACGUGUUCGAUAGGAGGUUUGCCCAUGGCGCUGCGAAGCACGACGUCGUUUCGAGGUGUGGCAUAUGUUCAAUUCCAUGGGACCGCUACCAGGCCGGCGCCAAGUGCCCGUCCUGUAGCAUGGAGGUGCUCGUGUGCAGGACGUGCCAGCGCGCGAAGAAGGCUUCACCAAAAUGCCACCUAUGUACUUAA